AAGUUGCAGAUAAGGAUGGUUCAUAGUGGAUCUGGGAGGGUUUAAACUUGCUACUGGUUUGGAAAUUUUGCGGAUCAAGUCUGGCAACCUCUGCCCCAGUCCUUGAGCCAGGUCCUCCGUUGCUCUGGCCCCAGUGCUGGCUCGGGUUCCUCGGGAUGGCUCGCGCUGAUGAGUGCUGCAAAGUUUCGGUGUAAAAGCUCUGCGCCCUGCGCCAUGGCUUCAUCCAGCUCCCGGUGCGUCCCCGGCCAGUGUAAACGGCUUUAAUGUGCAACAAAAGGCGUGUAAAAUGACCGUCCGUGUUUGAGGAAUACGGCUUAGGUGCAGGAGUUUGCUCAGAUUUGAGGAUGCGCUCGAAGCGCGGAUUUUGCGCGUUUGGUUUGGCCUUUUUACCCGCAGCUGUUCUUCUGAACCUUGUUGAGUUUGCAGAAACUAAUGUACUGAAUGAAAGUACAGGUAGCUCUCACGAGGGGCAUGUCCGGUACGAGAUUGUUCAUCCACAGAGAGUGGAUUCAGAUGGAGGUUUUAUCUCAAACCUCGUGUCUUACCGUAUGAGUCGACUUCGCCGGAGGCAGACGGUGGACAACGUUGAAAGCCUGCCCAAUGUUUUCUACCAUUUACAAUACAAUGGCGAGGACUUGCUUUUCAACCUCACCCUGAACCCAUAUCUUCUAGCUCCUGGUUUUCUCACAGAACGGCGCACAGGUGGCCUUCGGGGCUCCACGUUACAUUCUCCCGGCAAUUCUCUGUGCUACUUCCUUGGCGAGGUUUGGAGUGAGUCAGCUGCCAAAGGUCAAGCAGCUGUGAGCACCUGCGAUGGCUUGACAGGGCUGUUUAAACUCUCCGAGGAGGAAUUCUUCAUCAGGCCGCUGGAGCAGACCCACAGAUCAGAAGAGCCACAGGCUCAUGUCGUCUACAAGCGACAUACUAAUGAGCACAACAGCCAGAGGGUUCAGCCAUUAUUUGAAGGAAAAACAUCCAACGGGACCUGUGGAGUCAAAGCAGAUGUUCAUGGAAGAGAGAGACAAGUCGUGAGACAGCGAGAGCGCUGGGAGAAACGCCAUCAUCGGAGGAGACAGCGCUCCAUCAGCAGGGAGAAAUGGGUGGAAACUCUUGUGGUUGCCGACCCAAAAAUGGUGGAGUACUACGGCAAGGAUGGAGUGGAGAGCUACGUUCUAGCUGUCAUGAACAUUGUUGCAGGGCUGUUUCGGGAUCCGAGCAUUGGAAAUGCUAUCAAUAUUGUGAUUGUGCGUCUCAUUCUGCUAGAACAAGAUGAGGGAGACUUGAAAAUAACUCACCAUGCAGACAACAGCCUCAGCAGCUUCUGCAAAUGGCAAAAGCACUUGAAUAUAAAGGGAGAUGAACAUCCAGUCCAUCAUGAUGUGGCUGUUCUACUUACAAGGAAAGACAUUUGCGCUUCCACCAACAAACCAUGUGAGACGCUGGGGCUCUCCCAUGUGGCGGGAAUGUGUCAGCCUCAUCGCAGCUGCAGUAUCAAUGAGGAUACUGGUCUGCCGCUGGCCUUCACCAUAGCGCAUGAGCUGGGACAUAACUUUGGGAUUGAACACGAUGGCAACAGCAAUGACUGUGAGCCGAUUGGGAAAAGGCCAUUUGUCAUGUCUCCCCAGCUCCUGUAUGGAACAUCUUCACCCAACUGGUCACGGUGCAGCCGCCAGUACAUCACGCGCUUUCUGGAUCGAGGUUGGGGCUGGUGUCUGGAUGACCCUCCUGGGAGAAACGAGCUGGACGCGCAGUCUGUGCUACCUGGCGUUCUGUACAGCGCCGCCCACCAAUGCCGCCUCCAGUAUGGCUCCGGCUCGCUGCUUUGUGAUGACAUGGACAACGUCUGCAGCACUCUGUGGUGCACCGUGGCCUCCACAUGUCACUCAAAACUGGAUGGAGCAGUUGAUGGCACCAAGUGUGGUGAAGACAAAUGGUGUUUAAAUGGCCAGUGUGUGUCAGCUGGAUAUCAGCUGGAGAAAGUGAACGGUGGAUGGGGGCCGUGGAGCGAGUGGUCGUCCUGCUCCAGGACGUGUGGUGGAGGAGUGCAGAACUCGCACAGAGACUGUGUUAGUCCCAUCCCAAAGAAUGGAGGGAGAUACUGCCUCGGGGAGCGCCGCAGAUACAAGAUCUGUAACCAUGCGGCAUGCACUCGAGGCCAACCCAGCUUCAGAUCUAUCCAGUGCAGCAAGUUCAACAGCAUCCCUUAUAAGGGCAAAUUCUACCAAUGGAUCCAGGUCAAUAACCGAAUAAAUCCAUGUGAACUGCACUGCCGCCCAGUGAACGAGUAUUUCUCAGAUAAGAUGGUGGACGCAGUAAUUGACGGAACCCGGUGCUUGGAGGGUAGCCAGAGCCGAGACAUGUGCAUUAACGGAAUCUGUAAGAGUAUCGGCUGUGAUUAUGAAAUCGACUCCAACGCAGUUGAGGAUCAUUGUGGAGUUUGUCAAGGCAACGGGUCCACUUGUGAAACCGUGAAGAAGACCUUUGAGGAGAGCGAAGGCCUGGGCUACGUAGACAUUGGCUUAAUUCCAGAAGGAGCACGGGACAUUCGCAUCGAGGAGGUAGCCGAAUCUGGGAACUUUCUGGCUUUACGCAGCAACAACCCAGAAAAGUAUUUCCUAAAUGGUGAUUGGACAAUCCAAUGGACUGGAGAAUACAAAGCAGCAGGGACGGUGUUCGUGUACGAGAGAACGGGACAGCUGGAGAACCUGACUUCCCCUGGACCAACUAUGGAACCUGUGUGGAUUCAGCUGCUCUUUCAGGAGACUAAUCCGGGCGUGAGGUACCAGUACACCAUCAGCAGAGACGUGCUGAACGAGUCCAACAACAGAAGCGCUGUCUCUGAUUUCCAGUGGAAACAUGGAGCAUGGAUGGAGUGCAGCGCCACAUGUGGAACAGGUGUCAAGAGACAGGUUAUGCAUUGUGUCGAGCGCAUGUUUGGAAUUGUGCCGGAAUAUUACUGUGACCCGUCCACUCGACCUGACGACAAUCAAGUAAGCUGCAAUGCUGGAUUAUGUCUGGCCACAUGGUGGGUUGGAGAAUGGCAGAAGUGUUCAACCAGCUGUGGGGGAUCAGGCUUGACUAAGAGAACACUGGUGUGUAUUAGGAGUUUGGGGAUGGAAAAACACGAAGCCCUUCUUCCGUCCGAAUGCCAGCACUUACCUAGGCCUGAGUCGAUCUCCCACUGUAACACAAACAUUUCCUGUCCUGCUCACUGGACUACAGGAAACUGGUCAGAGUGCUCUGUGAGCUGCUCAAGUGGCAUGCAGACCCGUGAGGUGUCGUGCAGCUGGGACCCCAUGGCCGACUGUGAUCCUCAAGCAAAGCCUGCUUCUGUCAAGCCAUGCAACAUUCAAGACUGCCCAACAAACCCGGACAGUAUUGACUGGUCAGGAAGUGGCUCAUCAAGCAGAGAAGUUUUCAAUGAGAUAAACACAAUACUUGAAGAUAACCAUUUACCAAAAUCAGCCAAGGGAACAAUCAGAGUUCAGUCACGAGAAGACAAUCUCAACAGCAUAAACGCGGGCGACUUUUUGUAUCACAAUCAAAUUGAUAUGGACAAGUCAUUCAAAACCAACGUUCUGGUUGAUGACUUUUACUAUGAUUAUAACUUCAUAAAGUUUCACGAAGAUCUCUCAUAUGAUUUUGACAAUGAAGGAAAUGGUGCAUCUGAUUACUCAGGAAUUCAUUUGAAGCAGGAACCAAAACCCAGUCUUAACACAGUUUACAACGAAGAAGCAAAAGCUUCUACAACUACCUCAUUUGCAAGCCAUAUUAUGGUCUCUCCAACUAUCUCCACCACAGAGAGUCCUCGUUUUGACCAAACGGAUGAGAGCGUCUCCGAAGAUGAUGUCCUCCUUUCAGAGGACUACUUCCUACCUGUUGUUACAACAGCCAAGCCACGAUCUACUAUCACCAGAUUCCCUCAAAAACAGAAGGGUUUAAACUUCCCAACUCAGAACUUUGACACUAUAUGGAGCCUGUUACAAACGGAUGAGGUACCAUCUGAGGGAACACCAACAUCAGAGAUUCAGACAGACAAUAAUGUAUCCGAAAUGCCUGGAGUUCAAAAAGACAAUAAGGGCAUGGCUAAAAGUAAUGAAAAGGGUGAGGAGAUACUUCGUCAAAGGGGUGCAAACCAACAAGAAGUGUUAACACAGCAAGAUCUUUAUACUAAUGAGGAUACAUAUAAGUGGAAUAUGGAUCAAACUGUUUUAACACAUAGUGCAACUGCAGAACCAUUGACCAUCAAACCGAAUGUUGGUGUUGGUACAAAGGUUGAAAGGACGAUCACGACUUCAACCCCUUUGCCUGCUCGGACAGAGACCGGUUACAAUGAGUUUAUUGUUUCUUCAUUGCCUUGGUUCAACGAAUACACUUCUUCUGUGCCCUCAGCACAUCCAUCUCAGGGUCCUAACGGUCAGCCUCGAGCUACCACCGAGCCUGUUUUGGUCUCCUUGGUGCCAUCUGCCUCGAAUGCCUUCUGGAUUACCAGCAACUGGAGCUCUUGUUCCACCAGCUGUGGGCUUGGCGCCAUUUGGAGGUCGGUGCACUGCAGCACAGGGAAUGACUCUGACUGUGAUAUGGCGAAGAGACCAUUACCGGCAAGACGCUGCCACCUCAGGCCAUGUGCCAUAUGGAAGGCAGGAGAGUGGAGCAAGUGCUCGAAGAACUGUGGAGGAGGCCUGAAGGUGCGAGAGAUCCAGUGUUAUAACAUGCGGGAUCAGAGGCCACUGAGGCCUUUCCACUGCCAGGCCACUUCUCUCAGACCUGUCACCCACCUGUCAUGCAACAUCCAGCUGUGUUUGGACUGGUACACUUCCUUAUGGGGACAGUGUUCGGAGCAGUGCGGUGGAGGAGAGCAGCAAAGGAUGGUCACGUGUCCUGAAGAAGGGAUGUGUGAUGAGGCACAGAAGCCCAUCUCAAUUCAGCAAUGCAACUCUCAGCCCUGUGCCCAAUGGGUCACCGGAUCCUGGGGUCAGUGCUCGGUGUCCUGCGGUGGAGGUGUACAGCACCGUCUCGUCAAGUGCGUGAGCGCAAAGGCAGAGCAGGAAAAGGAAGCUGAGAAGGACAAGAAGGCCCAGUGUGAUCACGAGCGCUGGCCAGAGAACACGCGACAGUGUAACCUUCACGAUUGUGAUAGCACCACUUCUGGUCAGGAGUGUUUACGCGACCGUCUGACCUUCCACUUCUGCCAGAAGCUCCAGUGGCUCGGCCAAUGUCAGCAACCUGCGGUUCGAACGCAGUGCUGCAAAACCUGUGGGCCGGGAGGACGUGGUAAUGAGCGAGCCACCCGCCGCUGAGACAGGAGGAGGAUCUGGGAGAACUUUUUGACUUAUUUUUUUUAACGCUCACUCACAUACACCAAAUCUAGGACAAGCCUUAACUAAAGCUUUUUGUCUCCAUCGACCUGCAGGAUUCUGUCGAGGAACCCGAAGGCUUUAUCCGUUAUUACAUCGUAGUUAUCGUAACUUAGCCUGUGUUCUUAGCAUCGAUGAAGCACCUCAGAUGAAUAUCACAGUGUUUUGAAGAUUAUAACAAUAGUAUUCAAUAAUAUUGAGUGACUAAUUCUAGAUGUUAAAAAAUUCCAUUCUGAGGAGUGGAAUGAAAACCUUCACAGACAUCGAGGAUUUCGCAUAUCGCUAUGUAAGAUGAGAUAAGAUGAGAUAAGAUGAGAUAAGAUGAGAAAUUCAAGAAGAGAAUAAGGAUAAGAAGGAUAAAAGCUUAUAAGUCAAGCUCCAAAAUCAUCAUCUAUCCUAUAACAAUAAUUAAAAAAAAAAUUUCAAUUUUUUUUAAUUAUUUCAUCUUUAUUAUCAGGUGGUA